UGUACAGAGUUUCGAGUAUUUAACCACUUUCAACUUCUGAUUUCCUUUCUCACAACCACUACUUAUACGUACUACACAUGUUUCAUAAUUCCCAAGUGAUCUGAUCAUCAUCUCCUUAGUUGUUUAAUUUCGAUCGUCGUCAUUAAUGGCAUAUUGGCUUGUAAUACUAGGGAAGCUGCUAGCUUGGAUCUUGCUGGUGUCAAGUUUCCUGCAGCAACAUUUUGCUAAUGGGGAGCCCCAAGUACCCUGUUUCUUCAUAUUUGGGGACUCGUUUUCCGAUAACGGGAACAAUAAUAACCGUGCAACGGUGGCAAAAGCUAAUUAUCAACCAUAUGGGAUUGAUUUCCCCAAUGGGACGACGGGGAGGUUUACCAACGGUCGUAAUCUGGCGGAUUUCACUGCGGAAAAACUGGGUUUUCCUGUGGAUUCCAUCCCACCCUACGCAAAUGCUGCUGACGGAUCGGUGGGGAAAAUACUUAAGGGUGUCAAUUAUGCAUCUGGCGGAGCGGGAAUUCUGACUGAAACUGGAAAAACACUGGGUGAUCUGAUACCCGUGGAUGAGCAGUUGAUAAAUCACCAGAAAACAGUAUCGCGCAUUAUCAAUGCGUUGGGAAAUAAGAACGCCACUCAACUCCUAAACAAAUGCAUAUACUCGGUUGCAAUCGGCACUAAUGACUACAUUAACUACUACCACGCGCACAAGUUCUAUCCUACUAGUACCCCUUCUCAAUUCGCUGAAAUUCUCCUUCAGAAACUCUCUCAGCAAUUAAGGACUUUGCACCAGCGUGGAGCAAGGAAAAUAGUCGUUUAUGGACUGGGUCUACUCGGUUGUUUUCCAUAUGCAGUGAAAAGAUACGGAGCGAACAUUUCUGGACGUGUCGACAAAAUCAAUGAGGGUGUCUCACUUUUCGACAGUGGGCUUAAAUCACUGGUGUCCGACCUCAACAACAAUCUAACCAAUGCUACUUUUAUCUUCAUAAACAGUACUGGGAUUUCGUUAGACAGCAUUUCAGGUUCCAUUACAGUUUCAAAUGCAGCUUGCUGUCAAGUGUCGGAGCUGUUCACAGCGCCGCAAUGCAUACCUUUUGCAGAGACAUGCGGCAACAGGAUCCAAUAUGCUUUCUGGGAUGAAGUGCAUCCAACUGAAAUCGCAUUUUCGGCUACUGCGGCAAGAGCAUACAGAGCUCUGCUUCGAACUGAUUCUUAUCCAUUUGAUAUUCAACGCCUCGCCCAGAUCUAAUCAAAUUAACUAAUAUGUGAUGAGAAAAUAUUCUCUGGUGAAAAUAAAUUAAUAAUUAUAUAUUGAUGUAGUAACCAUGAAUAAUGCUUAAAUUGCCGAUGGGUACGUUUGAUCUAUAUAUAAUAAAUAAAGUUUGUUCUAAAUUGAUAGCUAAGAGCCUAAGUACAGUACCACAGAUCAUGAAAAUAUUAGUUCGGCUACGUACGUCGCUACAAGAGUUCAGGCGUUUUGCGGCGAUUUCAGGUCUGUUGGAAAUAAAAUCGCUGUAAAAACCCUUUAAUUGCAACGAUUUAGUCAUUGCUGCAGCUUCUUUA